AUGGCUAAUCCUCAAACCAAUGUUGAUCCCACAAACACUACUAAUGAAGAAGAAAUCUCACAAUCUUUGAUGAAAAUUCAGAAUACGAAUCUCAGAUUGCUUCCAACGGUUGAUCAAUAUCUAGAGCAAUUACGAAUGUUGAUUCAAACCCUAAAUAACGUUGUUCUCUCUACAGUGUUAUCUUAUUCAUUUGUAGUUCCAAUGUCUUUGAUUUCUCUUGCUGGUUCCACAACGGUGUUCAAUAAAACCACGAAGGUCGUCCAGUUUCAACUGACGAAUUCAAAGAUGAGAAGCUUACGAGGAAGCACUUUGUACAAAUCAUGA